GUUUUAUAUUGCCCUCUGUGAUGUUGACUCACCUUACCACAGCAAGAAACAGGUGAGCUAUAUAUCAUGCUCCAGUGAAGAAAUCCAUUCACUUCCACCAACUCUUGAAAGGUGCAGAAGACAUUUCCUGUCUUCCCAGAAAGGAAAGAGAUGAUUCUGCUGGCUGCAUUCCUGGGCCUGACUGCUGUGCUGCAGCCGUCCAGCGGACAGACAUCAGGUUUUGCUUCUCUGUCAACUGACAAAGCAGAUCAACAAAAGGAGAUUGUUGACAAGCACAAUGCCCUAAGGAGAGGGGUGAUGCCAACUGCUCGCAACAUGCUGAGGAUGGAAUGGAGUCCUGCAGCUGCAGAGAAAGCCAAAAGUUGGGCAAAUGAAUGUACUUUAUCCCACAGUCCUGAAAACAGAAGGACAACUACAGUGGGCUGUGGCGAAAAUCUCUACAUGUCAACUGCACCCAAUUCCUGGUCAGAUGCAAUUCAAGCCUGGUACAAUGAGGUGGAAAAUUUCAUGUACGGCAUUGGACCAACCAAACCAGGUGCAGUAAUUGGCCAUUAUACUCAGGUGGUUUGGUACAUGUCUUACCAGAUUGGAUGUGCAGUUGCCUUUUGUCCUGAGAGCGAAUACAAAUACUUUUAUGUUUGCCAUUACUGCCCUGCGGGGAAUAUCAAUUCCUUAAAAACACCUUACGAAUCAGGAUCCACGUGUGGAGAUUGCCCCAAUGCUUGUAACAAUGGACUAUGCACCAAUCCUUGUACGUAUGUGGACACAUACUCAAACUGUCCUGAUUUAGCAAAGAACUAUGGAUGUGAACACUCCAUGAUCAAGAAAUACUGUCUUGCCACCUGCCGUUGCGCCACUGAAAUAAAAUAACAGCCUCGGAUUCCGCCCUUCAUGGAAAUUCUUCUUUCUAAUGAGAGCACCUUUUAGAAAAUCAGAGUCUCAUCUUGCAGCCCUCAUGUGUGUAGUCCUAGUGACUUCAAUAGGGCUACUCAUCUGAGUGUAGGAUCUUGCCAUUCAAUUUAGGUUCUUAUCCUACUUUAAUUCUUUGUUUUAAAAUGUUGUAGAUUUUUCUUCUUUGCUUGAAAUUCAGCAUCUGACAUGCUAGACUUAAAUCAUAUUCAAUGACUGAGAUUUCGUCUCCAUCAAUAGCAACUACACUCUCUACAAAAUACUAUUUAAAGUACUAUCUAUCUAAAGAUCAGUUCCUGCCAAGAUAUACAUGUAUAGUCCUUAUUCUGUAAGUAAUCCCAUUGAUACAAUGGGCCAGACAUCUCCAUCUUCAUUCAUGUGGCGAGUCACCUUACUGCACAAGCGUUCCCGCUAGUUGCAACAGGAAUACAAGGGUUGUAAGGUCUUAAUCAAUGGGAGUAAGGGUAGCAGAACUGUUCCCACUAAAAGUACUGAGGGCUGGAUUCUGCCACAUUUGAUCACAUGGAGUAGUACCUUACUCUGCAAAUAAACCUGUGGACUGCAUUGCAAGGAGGACAUCAGAAUUUGGUUCAUUUAGAUUAAUUGGACUACUCCUAGUAUAAGAUACUACCCAGCAUGAAUAAUAAGAGUGCCAAAAUCUGACCCUCAGUGAAAAAGGGCUGUUGGAACAAUGGGAUCAAUAAGCCUAUUCUUGAAAGUAAUUACCACACAAGGAAGGAAGGAUUAUGAGAUAGGGAAAUGUUCUUCUAAUAACAAAUAGAGAGCUGUCACCUGAGUUACUUUUAAAUUGUCAUUUCUGUAUUACUCAUUACAUUACUUGUUCAAUAUUGCACAACUUGUUUUGGCUUUUAUUACUUUUGCUUCAUGUAAAAUACUGUUUCACCAGGUUCCAUGGAGUGUAAGUUUUUAUCACAAUUCUUUGUCCUUAUAGCCUUGGUGCUGCAAGCAGUGUUUGACUGAUAUUCCUGGAAACACUGCAGAAGAUCUGUAACACACAGUUAUAUUUUGAAGAGGUGACGUUUCUCGGGUAGAAAAAGUCAAAGAAUGUAGACAUCAGAGAAGCAAUUCUAGUCCAAGUAACAACAAACAGACAAAAAGUUCUGCGGCUCACAAAGGGCCAAGUCGAAUGAGUAAAGACUAUUCAUGUAAGGAGGUGGAAUUUCACUAAGAAUGAAUUUGCCCUUCUCUCUCCUUCUUACAUUCAGUCUGGCAUCUGGUUUCCUUCCACCUCACUAUCACAGAGAAGGAGUGUUAUAGAUAAUACACAACAACUGUCCCUGACCUUUGGGAGAGAGCUGUUGCAUUGGGCAUUCAGCAGAGAGUGGAUAACAAUGAACCCACAGUUCCCAUAGCAUCCCUUUAGUUCUCCAUAACACGACUUCUCCUUUAGGCACUCUGCCAUGCAGGGCACCUCUAUAGCGUUAAAGUCCCUGAUUCACCAGAGUACUUAGGCAGAUGCUGAACUUUAAGUGCAAGCUUAUGUAAGCAAAUGCUUGAAGUUGAGCACAUGAUUAAGUGCUUUGCUGAAUCAGGGCCAAAAGCAUGAGUAGUGAAUAAACCAUUCAUUCAUUUUACACCUGCCAAAAAAGUAUUACAUAUGGAUAUGAAGAACAUCCAAAGUUACAAUUAAUACAGUUUAGAAGGGAUAUUAAACCUUGUGCUUCAGGGAUAAGCUAAAUUCCAACUAUUAGAGACAAGAAUGAGAGCUAAUGUGGGGAAAAGGGGAUUGCAGGGUUCUUACACCUUCCUCUGGAUUAGCUGGUACUGGGCACUCUCGAAGACAGGAUACUGAAUUAGAUGGACCCCUGGUCUGGUCCAGUUUGGCACUCCCUAGGUUACCUAUUGCACAAGUGAUACCAUAUAUGGAAUGUGACUUCCUCUCUAAAACCUUAUGCUGGCUUGUUGGCUCCUGUCUCAAAAUACAGUUGUCGUCAGAUGUUG